AUGAAUUACUCACCUCCAAAAUCUUAAUCAUUCUCAGCAGAAAGGCGUCCCACAUCUAUUUUUCUUCAUCCGUUUCCAAAACCUCCCAGCUGUUCUCAGAUGCCAAUAUUCAAGAUUGAUUUCGGCAAGGAGAAUAUUCCACCAUAGAAAAUAAGCUGGGAAUAAUACUCGUUAUCCCUUUAACAAUCAACAGUCUCUUAAAAGAAAAAGCCAACUUAAAAAUACGUUGAAUUGGAGUCGCAGACUGAUUCCAAAAUCAAGUUCAAAUUCCCCCUAUAUACAGAUCAUUAGCUUGGCAUCAAAUCGGAAUAUUAGAAUCUCCUAUAAGAAGCUUACGAUAAUGAUGAUGAUAUCAAUACAAGAGAAAGUGUAAUGAAUUUUUUUAUAGAUGUUUGUAAAAGAGAUCUAGUAUAAGGAAUGAUGGAAAAUCAAUAAAUUAAAGAUUAAAAGGGAAAUCCAAUCCUAAAUUUUUCGGGUUUAACUUAAAGAUUGAGUGUACAAUAAGAAUCUAUGAACUAGAAAGCAGAAUGA